UGUUGCUGGAAAUUACCUGCUGAUACUGGCAGGAAAACAAAAUGGUGAAUGGCAUAAAGCAGCUUGUGGCGCUGUGGAUAAUACUUAAAGAAAGCUAUUUUAUUGCACUAGAAAUCUUAAAUAAUAAUAAUUUUGAAAUGAACUUUCACAUUUUAUUUACACGUUUUUGAGUGUUUUAGUCCAAACUGGUCAUCAGCCAGCGUCUAAUUAGGUCAUCAUCGGAGGCCUCACUUCCUUCAUUCUAAUUAAGGAUAAUUACACCAGAGGCAGCCGUCAAAACAAAAGCUACUGUUCCUUUAAAUCUUCACUCGUUUCAAAUUUUUUGGAGCGAGGGAGGGAAAUACAGUGAAAAGGAGACGAAACCACAUUGUCAAGGAAAAGGAGAGAGGAAAAAAGAGACCCACACGUAAACCGACACUCCCCUUGAACACAUGCACCAGCGCACUGACAGUCUGACCAGUGCCGUCCAGCCGCCUGAAGCACAGCGCCCGCUGUUUGCAUGUGUUCACCCCCCUUGGACUUGGUGGGAGGGGGGAGAAGUUUACCCAAAGACCAGCCUGGAUCACUGAGAGAGACGAUGCCUUUUUCCUCCACACCGGUCUCACGAUUCUUCAGUGGAUUUGUUGAUUCCCACAAUUAACCUUGCAAGUUAUUCAUCGGGAGUGGGGCGAGAUUUCGAGCCAGAGGAUGCUCCCACAGGUCAUUCGGAUACUGUAUGUCUUGUCUUUCUGCUUUUUCCAAGGAGUCUUUAUCAGACUGAGCUCCUGUAAGGAGGAGAUAAAGCACCCCAGCAGACAAGAGCUUUCACCUUCUGACUUCCUGGACAAACUCAUGGGGAAAACAUCAGGAUAUGAUGCACGGAUCAGACCCAACUUCAAAGGUCCGCCUGUGAAUGUCACCUGUAAUAUUUUUAUCAACAGCUUUGGUUCAAUCACAGAAACGACCAUGGACUACAGGCUCAAUGUAUUUCUACGGCAAAAAUGGAAUGACCCUCGUCUGGCAUACAGUGAAUACCCCGAUGACUCCCUUGAUCUGGAUCCAUCCAUGUUGGACUCUAUCUGGAAACCUGAUUUAUUCUUCGCAAACGAGAAAGGAGCCAAUUUCCAUGAGGUCACUACUGAUAACAAGCUGCUACGGAUUUUCCAAGAUGGCAGCGUUCUUUACAGUAUCAGGCUGACUCUUACCCUGUCUUGCCCUAUGGACUUGAAGAAUUUCCCAAUGGACAUUCAGACCUGUACCAUGCAGCUUGAAAGCUUUGGUUACACGAUGAAUGACUUAAUCUUUGAGUGGCUGUCUGAGAACCCCGUUCAGGUGGCCGAUGAUCUCACCCUCCCUCAGUUUGUGCUAAAAGAAGAGAAGGAUUUGGGCUACUGCACUAAGCACUACAACACAGGUCAGUUCACCUGCAUUGAGGUGAAGUUCCACCUGGAACGUCAGAUGGGUUACUACUUAAUCCAGAUGUACAUCCCUUCACUUCUCAUCGUUAUCCUCUCAUGGGUCUCUUUCUGGAUAAACAUGGAUGCUGCACCAGCCAGAGUUGGUCUGGGCAUCACCACAGUACUUACAAUGACCACACAGAGCUCCGGUUCAAGAGCCUCUUUGCCCAAGGUGUCUUAUGUGAAGGCCAUUGACAUCUGGAUGGCAGUGUGCCUUUUGUUUGUGUUUGCUGCCCUUCUGGAGUAUGCAGCAGUUAACUUCGUCUCAAGGCAACACAAGGAGUUCAUCAGGUUGAGGAAAAGGCAGCGGCAGCAGAGAAUAGAGGAGGAACUGGUGAGGGAGAGCCGCGGUUUUUACUUCCGGGGUUAUGGCCUGGGUCACUGCCUGCAGACCAAGGAUGGCACUGCUGUGGAAGGAGCCAGCGUGUUCACCCCACCACCACCUCCAAUUACCAUGUUUGACGGAGAAGUGCUUCACAAGCGUUUCGUGGACCGAGCCAAACGAAUUGACACCAUAUCCAGAGCCGUUUUUCCCCUGAGCUUUCUCAUAUUUAACAUCUUCUACUGGGUCACCUAUAAAGUGCUGCGACAUGAGGACAUCCAUGCAAAUUUGUAAAACACUCUGCCAAUCUGGGAUGUUGUAUUUUUGUUUUUGUUUGUUUGUUUGUUUGUUUUCUCGAAACCAAAACUGCCUGUCAAUCUACAUUACAAUGAGGAACCGUGUCAAAAGGCACAUCUGCUUCUCAGAACCACUGCUAAAAAUAAAAAUGUUGUGCUCAGGUGCGUCUUCAGGAUCUUGGACAUAGAGCAGUCAAGAGAAACUAGAUUAUGCUGCGUGGAUUCAGGCUGUUGUGUGCAUUUCUGUCUUGGAAUACAGCAGAGACGAGACACUAACGGUACUUUUGGGUUGAUGACCUUUGCUUCAAAAGAUGGAUAAAUGAUUUCGGCGAAGUUGGUCCUGGCUGAAUGAGACAUUCUGACUUGAAUUUUGACACUACCCAGCUUUGAAUGAAUGUUUUUGAAAAUAAUUUUUUUUUAAACAACUUUAUCAAAUGGGUGCAAACAGAAAGGGCGGGGAGGGGAAGGGUCUUUGAUAUUUCUGACUAUUCAGUACGUGAUGAUCAUUCAGUUUAAGUAUCUGUAACAAGAAAUUAUAUAUAAUGGUGUAUAAAAGUGUAUAUAUAACAAAGCUGUUCAUUAUACUGCACAAAGCACAAAUAUGUAUUUCCUUUUGUCUAAAUUUAAAUAAAUUGUUAUUCUGCCAGGAAAACCGAAAUGAUUUUGCUUCUCUUUAA